GUUGACCUUUCGGCGAUGAAGCAUCUUGUCAAGGUGGAGGAGAAGGCGGGGUUGACGGCGAACCUUCCGGCCGACGUGGAGGCCCAAAAGCCGAUUUACAUCGAGGACAAGUGGAGCUGGAGUAGCUACCUCCACGACCCGCUCGCUCGCAAGCGGAUCGUGUUGGGCGGGAUCGGAUGUUCGCUGCUGCUGCUGUCGUUUUACUUUGGGUACAAGGCUGGUACGACUGCUCCAGGCAUUCAAACACUGAGCACUCCCAACGAUUUGGUCCCCGCACUCGACGACCGCGCGAUCGAGUCGACCGUCGUGCGAGUAAAAAUGCCCCACAUCCACAACGAGUUGACGCGCCACGACGACGGCAGCGACCCAAACUAAACUUCCUAGUGUGAAUCCCACGUUUAUCUUGUCGACUUUAUCCAAA